GAAUUUUGGAUGGAAGGCUAAAAACACCUAAAUUAAAUGAAAAAAUGACGUUAUGGCGUCCGGUCGGAGAUGCUCUAAGGGUGGACAUGUAAGAAUAUCUAUAAUUGGGGUAAGUAGUUGUAAUUACCUAAACAAGAUGGACUUUUUCGCAAUUUUAAAAGUAUAUCUAUUUGCCGGUUCUGUUUGCUGUGAGUUUCUCUUCCCCUGUAACCUGUUCCCCCAUUUGGGCCGUGUUAAGGUUUGCUGCAAACCUCUCGCCAGUCGCCAGUCACUGUGUGUGUGUGUGUGUGAGAGAGAGAGAGAGAGAGAGAGAGCUGAAAUUCCUCGAAGAAAUCAAAAUGCACAGUCUGCGGCCUCAAAUUCGCCGCCGACUCCACCUCCUCUUCUCCAUUUCGCCGCCAUUAACAACAAAAACAAGGUAUUUCUCCUCAAUCCCUCAACUCCAAUCAGAACCCUCGCCCCCCUCCCAAAACGACGACGUAGAGACAGCCUUCCGCAUAAUCACAACCUCACCAAAUCCACAAUCCCUAAAACACUCCCUCCGAACAUCCCAAAUCCCCCUUUCCAACGCCCUAAUCGACAGAGUUCUCAAAAGGGUCCGCUUCUCACAUUCCAACCCACUCUCCGCUCUGGAGUUCUACAAAUUCACUUCCCAAACAAGAGAGUUUUUCCACACCCCUUUCUCCCUCGACACCAUGCUCUACAUCCUCGGCAGAAGCCGCAAAUUCGAACAAACAUGGGAGCUCUUGUCCGAAACCAAGCGAAAGGAUCAAUCUUUAAUAACCCCGAGAACCGUGCAAGUCGUUUUAGCUCGUAUAGCGAAAGUUUGCUCCGUCAAACAAACGGUCGAAUCGUUUAAAAAAUUCAGAAGACUCGUUCCCGAGUUUGAUGUUCACUGCUACAAUGCAUUGUUCAGGACUUUGGCUCAAGAAAAGAGUAUGGCCGAUGCUAGAAACGUGUACCAUUCGUUGAAGCACGAGUUUAGGUCGAAUUUACAGACGUUCAACAUCUUGUUAUCGGGUUGGAAAUCGCCCGAAGAAGCUGAGUUGUUUUUCAACGAGAUGAAAAACAUGGGGGUUGAGCCGGAUAUCGUGUCGUAUAAUUGCUUGAUCGAUGUCUAUUGUAAAGGGAGGGAGAUGGUGAAAGCGUAUAACGUAGUCAAUAAAAUGAGAGACGAAGGUAUUGAUUUGGAUGUGAUUACGUACACGACGGUGAUCGGAGGGCUUGGAUUGGCCGGCCAACCGGAUAAGGCGAGGGAGAUUUUGAAGGAGAUGAGAGAGUACAGUUGCUAUCCAGAUACUGCAGCUUAUAAUGCUACGAUUAGGAAUUUUUGCAUAGCGAAAAGAUUAAACGAUGCUUAUAAUUUGAUUGAUGAAAUGGUGGAGAAGGGUUUGAGCCCAAAUGCCACGACUUAUAACGUGAUAUUUCGAUCUUUAUUUUGGGCGAAUGAUUUGAAAAGUAUGUGGAGUUUGUAUUUGAGGAUGAAGGGUACUAAUUGUUUACCCAAUACUCAGUCGUGUAUGUUCUUGAUUCGGUUAAUGAGGAGGCAAGAGAAGGUGGAUAUGGCGAUUGAAUUGUGGGAAGAUAUGAUUGAAGGAUUUGGUUCGUUAAUUUUGGUUUCGGAUGUUUUGUGCGAUUUGCUUUGUGUUUUGGGGAAGUUGGAUAUGGCGGAGAGGUGUUUCUUGCAAAUGGUGGAGAAAGGGCAGAAACCUAGUCAUGUUUCGUUUAGGAGGAUUAAGGUACUUAUGGAGUUGGCCAAUAGGAACGAGGCGCUUUCGAAUUUGUCGGAGAAGAUGAAUUCUUUUGGUUCGGUGAAUCAGAUUAGUCGGAGUUAUGUUGAUGAAUUGGAUAGACCGGUUUCUGAUUUUGUCGUUGUUCAGAAAGGAUAGGGGCAGGUGGUGCCAUCUGGAUUUCGUUCGUCGAUGCUGACCAAAAAAAAAAAAAGAAAAUCGUUGCGCAACUGAUGAACGAUGCGGAUAAUUGAAGUUUGUCUCAAUCAGUAUAACUGGAGACUGGAACACAUAUAUAAAAAAGGCAACUCUCUGGAUCGGUUGGCAUUGUGUAGACGAAGAGGAUCUGCCACACAACAUUAGGCACUUUUUAUUUAUGGAUAGAAUAGGCAUUUGUAAUUUUCCUUCUUCUAGGCCGACAAAGAUUUUAACGAGGCCCCUUGUCUUCUUGCAAUAAAGUAUAAUAGAAGAUUUUUAUUAUUAUUAAUCAAGAAAUAGUUCGUCUG